AUGUCCCGGGACUUCAGCAGCGACACCUUCAACGCAUACGCGCACGAGCUGCAGAUAUUUGCGCCCAAGCUCCAGGCACGACAGGCCCUCAAGCAUCUUAUGGCUCAGCAGCAGCAGCAGCAGCAGCAACCCCGGCCCACCGGCACCACCCUGCACUGGACGGCCAUCACCACGGACGGGGUGCAGGAUCGAUUCAACACGCAGGCGUCUCGCAUUCUGGGGAUGUGUGGGCUCUUCGAGGAGAGGGAAAUGGACCAUGCCUCGUUGUCGCAAGUAUCGCGAUCGCUCCACGAGAAAGCGAUUCCCCUGCUGUAUCACACUCUGCGCUUUCAUAGUCGUGGAGAAAUCGAUCCCCACGACAACAUGCUGUUGAAGCUGGACACCUUUGUCCAUCCCAACUUUGACAAGCUCGAAUUCGUGCGGCGUGUGAUCGUGUCGGGGACCUGGUACGCGAGUUAUGCCUCCAUCGACUCUUUCAUUGCCCCCCUGCGGCUUCUUUCGCCGGCGGCCAGGAUGUUCAGCACCAUCCUCUGUGUCUGCAUCGCUCGGAUGCCGAAUCUGGAAGAGUUUGUGUGGGAUAUGCCGGUGGCUCUCACCGAGUUUCUGGUCUCGAAUCUCGUCCUCCAGCCGAUGCUCCGACGUCUGCAGCUUCGCAUGGGCACCGACUGCACCCCUAAGCCCUUCUUCCGGCCCCCGCUGACCAUGAGACUCUCCGCGAAUCUGACGGUUCUGUCUCUCGUGCAAAUCGAUGACGUGGAAGUGAUGGGAUCCUUGGGAGUCACCAUCAGAAGCGCGACGAACCUUAGGGAACUCACCAUCUGGACGGAUAACAUUUCCGGUAUCAGCCUCGGCGCCCUAUUCGAGCAUUGGCCCACGACUCUUCCCUCGAAUCUCCACCUGCUGGACCUGCGCGGACUCGGUGCCCUGGGGGUCACGCCGGCCAAUUUCUGGGCGACCAUGUGCCCAAAAAAGCUCACCACGCUCACCCUGGAAUUUGCCGACCCGGGGAUCAUCGUCCCCACGGUCCGGGAUUUCUGGGAUGCUGGCUUCGCAGCUGGCUUUCGGCCCACCCGGCUCACCACUAACUUCGCUGACGAUACCUUGGGGGGCUUCUUGGAGGGCUUCAGCGGUCUGGAAACACUCCAGAUCACCCCCAUCAAGGGCCGAGAGCCUGCUCGACUGACCGCCUCCAGGGCUCUGUUCGAGGUGCUUGACAGGCAGCAUGGCGCUACGCUGAGGGGACUCGCUCUGAAUCUGCCUUGCUACGAAUACGCGCCCUGCGCUUGCGUAGAACUACUCGAUCGUCUGGCAAGGACAUUUCCGUUGUUGGAGGAGCUACGGAUUCGACAAGCAAAGGUUGACGCGGUCAGGAUAUCCUUUCUAACCCCCUUCCCUUUGCUCAUUCCUACUGCCUUCACACACUUCUCCAGCACGACCAGAGCAAUCAAGUCCGCCCUAUCCCUCGCCAAGUUACGGGUCCUCUACAUCGAUCGAGACGAAGAGACGGAGUCGACCACCGAUGAGAUCGUGUCGAUUGUGGAAGACCUUAUGCGCCAGGGCUACGGGAAGGAAUUACAGUAUCUAGCAAAUAGUGAAGGCACCACGCACGAGCGGGCAAAUGGUUCGAAUGAGUUUUCCUCGGAGAUCUCUCUCGUCGGAUACCAACCAGACACGCUGAUGCUGCAUGAGAGGACCUACGACUGGGUUCAGCCCACUGACUAG